AUGGCUCCCGCUCGCAAGAGGACCACCAACAUCGCGCGUCGCAGGCGGACCGAUGACGAGGAUGAGAACCAGUCCGUGGCCACCCUGGCCGACGACUCACAAAGCGACGCUUCCCUGCUGAGCGAUGUCGACGAGGACGCCGACGCAGACAACAGCGACCUUAGCGAAGUCGACAGCGCGCCCUCCCUCACCCAAGGAAAGUCGAAGCGGAAAGCAAAUGGCGCGCGUGAUGCCAAGUCCAGGCAAGAUGCAAGCAAUCGUCAACCUUCCCCGCCCAUCGCCCGCUCCGAUGUCGCCUUUUCCACCAUGAAAGAGACCGAAAUCAUGAUGAACGGACUGAAGAUUGGGGAGGAUGGCAAUGAGGCCGAAGUGGUCGACUUCGAGGCGGGCGUGGCUGCAGCAGACGCCGCACCCGCCGUGGGUGCGCCUCAGUCACGGACAGAGACGCUGGCCGAGCGGCGGCGGCGGGAGCAUGAGGAGUACAAGAAGAAGCGCGACUCGGAUCCGGCCUUCAUACCCAACCGUGGCGCUUUCUUCAUGCACGAUUCACGGCAUGCACCUGGACAGAAUGGCUUCAGGCACGCAGGCCGUGGGCGAGGGCGGGGCGCUCCCGUCACAGGGCCAUUCGCUCCAGCAAACAUGAGACCGCAGCCGCAGGAAGCCACAGACUCGCCCUGGCAGCACGACCUCCACGAGACGGUCAACGCGCCCGGCUCCCACGCUCAGCCUGGACUACCCCCAGCUGCAUCGAAUGCCCCCAUGUUCGCGUCGCGAGUACCUCCAGGUUCUAGCCAGAAGCCUCCACAGGCCCGCAACUUCUCCACCACAGUGCAUACACACAACGCCAUGGUACGCGUCUUCUUACCAAACAUGAAGGGCCCUAUACACUUCCAAAACGUCCCCAUCAAGUCACACACUCGCCUCCCGAACCACCGACCACCCCUCCGCCGUGACAAGCCAGUCCGUAUCUCGUUACCCCCAGCUCCACCACGCUACAUCUUCCCCACCACAGAGCGCUCUUUCAUCUUCAUACCAAGGGCGCUUCGACCCAACCAACAGGGCUUCGGUCGGGGUCGCGGUAGAUUCGGAUCUUUUGGUGGAGGUCUUUCAAGCAGACGUACCAGCGCGUACGGGGGCAGUGUAUACUCCCCUAGUGUUGCAAUGAGCAGGCGGUCUUCGAUUGCACGUGAGAUGGGCCGGGACAAUCUGGUCUCCCCAGCCGGUUCCAUCAUGUCACGCAAUGGCGGCUUCGUCGAUCCUAGUCGUCCUGUGGUACGCCUGCCGCCUGGGGGUCCCAGAAUGCACAAUGGACCGUCAAUGAUCUCACCCACCAACGGCGCUGUACAGCCACCUUACCCUCUCCCGCAGAAGCCCACCUUCCGUGAGAAUUGGCAAGGUCAGCUCCCGAUGCAUCAGCCUCGCCCGCAGAAGACCGUCUCUGUUGCUGGUAUCGAGUCACCCGCGUCCAUGAGCUUCAACCCUCCCCAACAACAAGAGCAGCAACCGUUCCAUCAGCAGGUUCCUGCGCAUAUCAACGGAGCUGCUCCCGCGGUCGAGCAACCCUACUACCAGCAUGGACGGCACCCCUCUUACCCAAGCCAAGUCUCUACCGGCACUCCUAACAUUCCGGAGCGAGCCAUUCAUGCUCCCGCGUUCCAGCCUUACGCGCAACCUGGCUUCCAGCCACAAGCCUUCGUUCCACAGGGCUACUAUUACCCCCCACAAAACGGUGCCCAGCCACAGUACAUACCCCCUGCCGGCAUGGUGCCCAUGUUCGUUCCUGGCGCUCAGCAACCCGGCUAUGUCAUGCCAGUGUCUGCUCCUCCUGUCGCCGCCCCGCCAGCUCCUGCUGGUCCACCUAAUAUGGUUGCUUACGAGUCCAACGGUAUGACCUACUACGUGGACUCCAAUCAGCUACAAUACACUGCUCCACCAGUGGAAAAUUAUGCUCAGCCCAGCUAUGCUGUUCCAGGCAUGGGGGGCAUGAUGACCCCUGGCCCGGACGGCGCCUACUAUUACCCCCAACAGAUGCAGGCCCCAACGUUCUACCCGCAACAAUAG